AUGGCUCUGGUCCGCAAACUCAAACUCGAAUACAACCUACAAAAAAUCGACGAUUACGAAGCAGCUCGAAACCUCGAAUCCAGUCCUCGCGAUCACCUAGGCGUCGGUCUGAUCAAAAANGUGUGCAGUUUUGAAGACAGAGAAGUCAGCAUCAACUAUGUCUUGCCCAUCACUUUCCAGACUGGAAAGUUCAGGAAACAGCAUGAGAAAGUGGAGUUUGAAGUGCUGGAGAUUGGUGAUGGUGUUACCAGUCCUGCUUCAAACGANAAAACGGAUCUCUUCCUCGGUGCGAGUUGGUUGUUCAAGAAUGAAGUGUUUAUGUUGAGGAAGAGCUAUUAUGUGGAUCCACCAAAGGACCUACCUGUUGUCGAGUCGGUGCCCUUGAGCGAUAGUGAGUUGACACCAAUUGGGAGACCUGCAAGUAAUAUCUACAUGCCAAGGGGUACUCCUUCAAUCAGGCUCAGCCCUAGCCCAGCACCUCCUAGGUUACCUAGAGGACGCAUGGCAUGA